AUGAAUCACGAGGAGAGGAACAAGGAGAAAAUUAGCUCGUCUAGAGACCAAUGGAAGCUUUCAGAGGAUUUGAAACUCAGAGAGCUUGUGGCUGAGUAUGGUCCUAGAAACUGGAAUCAGAUAGCAGAAAAAAUACAAGGACGAACAGGCAAGACUUGUAGAGCAAGGUGGUCUCGCCAUCUUGAUCCAAUGAUCAGCAAGAAAAGUUUCACUAAUAAAGAAGAAGCAAUACUACUUGAAGCUUAUGAAAAAUUGGGUAGCAAAUGGUCUUUGAUCGCUAAGCUUCUCCCUGGAAGAUCUGACGAAGCAGUGAUAAACAAUUGGACCAGAAUCAUGAAAAGAAAGACUAGGAAGCAAUCCACUUCUCCUCAUGAACUAACCACAAAUGACACAACGGAAGAUAGUGCAAGUGAUGAAAGUAGAGAGAUCAAUAACUCUAACAGGAAGAUGCCAAAGGAGGAAACCACUGACCUCACAGAAGCAAUGCAAUACUCAGCUCUUCAUCAUCACUUGUCUAUCGUACCUGCAGUUCCCUUGGCAAUGUCCGCACCACCGCAUGUCUCCAUCUCCCAACCAUCAUCAUCAUCAUCAUCAUCAUCAUUACCAUCAAAAGCAGAAGAUACAAAGGCCAAGAUACCACCGAAGUUUAUAGAUUUUCUUGGGGUAGGCGAUUCUUAA